CACAGCCAAAAAUAAGAUAUUUUGCAAGGCUGGCAGGAGUAGGGAACCCUGGAUGACAAGGGAUAGUGAGGCUCUGGACAGGAGGAAGAAGAAGGAAUGGGUCAGGUACAGGCAGCUGGUGUCAAGUGAAUCACGGGUAACACUGAGGAACGCUAGAGAAGAAAUUGCGGGUGCCCUGCUUGAGAUAUAUGCAUCACCGUUAGCGAUGGGUGAAGUGCCAGAAGCUGGAGGGUGGCUAAUGCUGUGCCUUUGAGAAGAACUGCAAAGAAAAACCUGGGAAAUGUCGACCAGUAAAGGCAACUUCUGUGGAUUUGGACAAAACUUCCUCUCAGUAUGGAAGGUGCUGGAUGGAAAAGCAGAAUAAUGGUUCCAUUUGUCCUUGGUACCAUUAUCAUCUUGUAUUGUCCCAUGACUCAGUCAGCUAAUAUAUUAGUUGUACCUGCUGGUGCAAGUCAUUGGAUCAAUAUGAGAAUUCUCUUGGAAGAACUGAAACCUCGUGGACACAACUUCACUGUGCUUUAUCUUGAGGAAAGUUUGUACAUUAAAGAAAGACCAGAUCUAUAUCAAUCUAUCAUAGUUCCAAAGUCAAACAUUGAAGGAGCUGACGUCGUGGGAAGAAUUCUAAAAAGAGCACUGCAACUUGCACAGAAUGGGUGGACAUUGAGGGACAAUAUUGAGUUCCAAUUUGAAAUGCUACAUUUUAUGCAGACCUGUCAUAACUUUAUUCAUUGGUUUAUUGCUGACAUUUUUGAAAACAAAAUGUUGCCAAGCCAACUUGAAAAGGCAAAUUUUGACUUGGUGCUUACAGAUCCUCUUUUUGCCACUGGACCUAUGCUUGCUUAUUAUCUAAAGCUUCCCCUUGUGUGUAAUGUUCGAUGGCUAGACAGUGGUGAAGCUCAUUUCCUCUUGGCCCCAUCACCAACUUCCUAUGUCCCAGUCACUAACUCACAUCUGACAGACAAAAUGUCUUUUCUACAAAGGACACAAAAUGUCAUCCAAACUCUUAUUCAGCUAUCUCUUUCAGAACUUUUCAUUUACCCCAGCUAUAAUAAGCUCUGCCAUCGAUAUCUGGGACCAGACACAGAUAUCAAGACAAUGCUCCUGAGGACUGAUGUGUGGCUGUUAAGAGCCGAUUUUGUAUUUGAAUUCCCAAGACCCACCAUGCCAAAUAUUGUGUACGUUGGAGGCUUCCAGUGUAAACCAGCCCAACCACUUGCAGCAGAGUUUGAAGAGUUUGUCCAAAGCUCAGGGAAGCACGGACUUAUUGUGAUGUCAUUGGGGUCCGCUGUCAGUUCCUUGCCAAUGCAGAUCACAAUGCAGGUAGCAGAGGCUUUUGCUCAAGUACCUCAGAAGGUUAUUUGGAGAUAUGAUGGAGAAAUCCCUCCCAAUAUAGGAAGUAACACACUACUGGCAAAAUGGAUCCCUCAGAACGACCUGCUAGGCCACCCCAACACACGAGUCUUUAUUUCUCAUGGUGGCACCAAUGGCAUUUACGAAGCCAUCUACCACGGGGUGCCAGUGAUUGGCCUGCCUCUAAUUUUUGACCAGUUUGACAAUGUAGUUAGGCUUGAAUCCCGAGGAGCAGCAAAAGUGAUUAAUGUUGCAACCAUGCAUUCAACAGAUCUAUUGCAGGCACUUAACGAGCUGAUAAACAACACAUUUUAUCGGGACAAUAUGAAAAAACUCUCUGCUCUCCACCGGGACCAACCAGAGUCGCCAAUGGAGAGAGCCGUUUUCUGGAUUGAGUAUGUUGCCCGACACAAAGGAGCAGGGCAUUUGCGCUCAGAAUGCUACCGACUGCCCUGGUAUGUUUACUAUUGUGUAGAUGUGAUGAUCUUUCUAUUGUCUGUGUUCCUCUUGGUUACAGUGCUGGUGGCUGUAACACUGAAGAAACUUUGUAAUAUUGUUUGGAAAAAAAAGCAAAAGAAUGAGUAAGGUUACCCUAUUUUGUGUUGGGAGAUUGUGUUCAUUCAAACUAAUUCAAGUAAGUUUUUUCCUGUACUUAAUACACAAAGCUGUCGUUCCAGAUAUUUUGACUUUACCAAAGCCUCUUAAAAACUAGUGAUUUGUCAGUGAAAUAAAAACCUUUGUGCAUUGAUAUGCACAGGAAAAAAAGGUAAAAUCCAUGAAUCAAAUCAAACAGGAAUAAACAAGUUUAUCUAUGAUUAUUUAAAAUAAAGUAAUGUUUGUUCAUAUGGUCACAAACUUUGGGAUUCACUGUCAGAAAGACACCUUUUCCUACUGUUCUUUCACCCUUUGUCAAAUAGCCAAAUAUCAUAACAGUCCCAGAAUGUUUGAUUCCUUUCUCACAUCCCCAUUGUUGUAGGUCAUGGUUUAACAGGCUGAAAGCAUCCAUUUUUGGUUGUUUGAACCAGUUUGCAAUUAUUUCCUCAGCCAACGCACAUCCCACUGGAGAUGAUGACUUUGAGUAAUGGAGUUACAUUACUACACAAGUAAAUGAACUUUCUCUCAGCUACACUUUCUGAUCAGUAAACGUGGGCAAUAUUAUGCGGAUAUCAGAUUGUAGCUCUGUGUGAUUUUAUUUACAGAAGGGAAGAUACCGUGUUGGUGCUGAACAGGAUUUGCAGCAUUUCGACAGUCUGAAAUAUCAGAUGAUGUGCAAUCACUUAUUUUGUUACAUCUGUUUGAAUGUUCUUUAGGUCCAUAAGCAUCAGGCUCCGUUGUACUGCUGUGACCUCCAUAUAAUGCCACCAGUGAUGCAUAAAAAUGUAUUGUUGUUUUUAAAAUAGUUUUAAAUAAUUCUGCGGAACUGUUAAUAAAGAAAUGUAUCUGAUUUUAAUGAUUUUUCACAUCUGGCAGA